UAAAGCUAAAUAAAGUGUUCCUUAAACUACUAAAAUUGGAAGAGUAUUGCUAACUCCUUAAAUUCUAUAGUUUCUUAAAUUCUAUAUUUAUUGAAGAAAAUGUGAUUACAAAAUUCUAAAUCAUGUUCCUAAUAUCUAAUACUUCUUCAAUGUGCGCAGAGUUUAGCUCCUAUAUUAUUACUAUACAAAAUUUAACUAAACGCAUUAAUAAAAAAUGCUUAUUAUAUUUGUAUAAUAUAGUAGUUUUAAUAUAGUAUGUAUUAUAGACAAGAACUUUUGUAACAAUUAAACAAAGAAAACGUAUAUCGCCAGAAGUUGCUCAAUAUAACACUAUCUUAAUUUAUGAACAAGAUAUCUGAUAACGUUAUCAGUAUCAUUGUAGGAAAAUAUAAAUACCAUCAUGUAUAAAAGUCUUCCUUGAAUCUCUUUAAUAAUGACAAGUGAAAUGUGAUUUUGUGCUUUAACUCAAAACACAAAAACUUAUAAAUUAAAAGAAAAACAGUAAUUGUGUGAAUACUGAUUAGCUAUGUGCAUCUUAUUUAUUUAUCGCAAUCCAAAUGCCGAUGCUAGAUCUUAUCGAUUGAUAAUUGCAUCAAAUCGAGAUGAAACGUAUAAACGUCCCGCAUUAUCAGCUCAUUAUUGGAAAGAACAUCCUGAAUGUUUGGGAGGUACUGACAUGGAGCCUGGUAAAGAAGGCGGAACUUGGCUAGCUUUAUCAAUCAAAGGAAAAGCUGCUGUUAUUUUAAAUCUAGUUAAUGGAAAUGGUACAACGAAUUCGUCAAAAAAGGGUCGUGGUUUCUUAAUAAGCAACUUCAUCACUUCCCACGAUUCUAUAGAAGAAUACUUGAGUAAUUUGCACAAGGAAAAUGUUAAUGGUCAACCAUACAAUCCUUAUUGUUUGGUUUUGUGCAAUUUAAAUAAUGCAAAUGUCCAUUAUCUAAGCAGUUGUACAAAAUCUAUUGGACCUAAAAUUUGCAACAGUGAUGUUAUAGGUAUUGGAAACAGUGGAUUAAAUCAUCCUUAUAAAAAAGUUGAAGUAGGAAAAGAAGAAUUUAAACGUAUUAUACAGGGUGUAGAUACAGCGAAACAAGAUGAUUUGAUAGACAAACUUAUUUAUUUUUUAAAAUCAAAGAAAAGGUGUCUACCAGAUGACGAAUUACAAAGAAAAUGUCCAUUAAGAUACGAAGACCUCAGUUCAAUUUUUGUUUCCGGAAAAGAAUACGGUACAAGGACACAUUCUAUAUUAUUAAUUGACGGCUCCAACCAAGUGACUUUCGUUGAAGAAACUCUUAUGCCUGAUUUUACAUGGAAACGGCAACAAUUUCGAAAUAAAUUGAUAUGUGAAAAUACAUAUUAACACAUUUUAUGCCACGUGAGUCUAUAAAGACUCAUGUUUUUUGUUCGAUCCAUUUGAUUUUGGCUACGAAAAGAAUCAUGAAAUACUUUUGCUAUUAUGUGUAAAUAUGUACUUGUGAUGUAUGAUGCAAUAUCGGCAUUGUGGAUUUCAAAGGAAUUCUUUAGUGAAGGUGUACAAAUGUAUGUAAUAUAACAGAAUAAAGUAAUAAAUUAUUCAUCAAAUUAAAAAAAACUUUAACAAAUGUACAUUAAUUAAUAAAUAAUCUUCAAAUUAAAAAAGAAUUAGAAAUCUAGCAUUUGUAAUAAAAAUUAUAUUUUUUUCCAAAAAUGUAUAUCCAGUGUAUCCACUGUGUGGUGUCGUGAUCAAUUUUUCAA